CAGAAAGACGGAGAGAGCCAGUGUGUGUGUGAUAUAUAUAUAUGUGUGUGUGUGUAAGUGUAUGUGUAGGACUGCGAGCUGUAUUUCGCUCGCCAACAUGCGACAUGCGGAGGUAUAUUCAUUUAAAGGAAGAUAAAAUAAACGAAAUGAAAUAAAACCAGGUCGGAUGGUGCGUUAGCGAGGCGGAGCGCUAUUUGCUUUAUUUUUCCCCCUCUCCGUUUUCUCGGGAAAAGCCUCUAACCACCACCAUGUCGGGGAAAAUAGAGAGCAAACACGACUCUCAAAGGUCUCAUAUCUCCACAUUCACCAUGAAGCUGAUGGAUAAGUUCCACUCGCCCAAGAUCAAGCGCACUCCCUCCAAAAAGGGCAAACAGAGUGCUCCAGAACCGACUGUCAAGAGCACAGAGAAACCUGUUAACAAGAAGGUGAGCCGCCUGGAGGAGCAGGAGAAGGAGGUGGUGAGUGCACUGAGGUACUUCAAGACCAUCGUGGACAAGAUGUCGGUGGACACCAAAGUGCUCCAGAUGCUGCCUGGCUCGGCCAGCAAAGUCCUAGAGGCCAUUCUGCCCCUCAUGCAAGUGGAGGCAAGAAUCCAACACAGUUCUGCCGUAUCAUCCUGUCAUAAUCGUGUUUAUCAGAGUUUGGCGAAUCUCAUUCGCUGGGCCGACCAAGUGAUGCUGGAGGGCAUCGACCUAGACGACAAAGAAACCGUAGCAACUGUUACUGCGGUGAUAAAGGCUGUUCUGGACGGAGUAAAGGAGUUGGUCAAACUCACCAUAGAAAAACACGAGCAGCCUUCCCCAACAUCACCUAGCAAGCCAGCGCUCCCUGUGGCCAAAGUAGAGAGCAUGUGCGAGAUGCCUCUAACUGAGCGGGAAAAGGAGAUCCUCAGCAAGACCACGCCUCCGGAUAGCUUGACGAACAUCUCAGAAGAGGAAGUAGCGCCGCCCAAACCUCCUCUACCUGGGUUAAAAUUAGCAGAGCACAGGAGCAGGAUGCAGUCAUGCUUCAGUCCUGUGGUGACGGAAAUCCCCCCUGCUCUGCCUCCAAAGAAGCGCCAGUCUGCCUCCUCGCCCACUCGCAUAGCCGUGGUAGCACCCAUGAGUAGAACGAACUGUGGCCUCAACCUGCAGCAUGGAGCUCUCAAACAGCAGCAGGAGUAUGAGGUUGAGCUACUACAGAGGCGUUUCUCCGGCGGCAGCCAAUCAUACGGCGGGGAUUCACCUCGCCUCUCGCCCUGCAGCAUUAUGGGAAAACUGAGCAAAUCAGACGAGCAGCUUUCCUCACUGGAGAGGGACAGCGGCCAAUGCUCACGCAACACUAGCUGUGAGACGCUCGAUAACACAGACGGAUACGACCCUGACUAUGACUUCCUUCAUCAAGACCUCUCAGUGUCCGAGCCUUUGCCAUUUCCCACGGUUCACAGCAGCUGCCUGAGUCCUCUCCCAGAAUCCCUCAGUGAGACCCCCGUGACGUCUCCUGGCCCAGCACAACCCCGUUUCAGUGCCCCUGUAGCCCCACUCAGCGCUGCGGGAACUUCCAACGGAGAACAGCCCCCUGCACUUCCACAGAAAAAGAGGCGAUCUGUUCCCAUCCUGUCAUCCUGCCAGCUCUACGAAUUCCGUCCCUCUGACGAGGACACGCCCACUUCACUGGUCACGCCCACUUUGACCAAUGGAACUGAACAGCACUCGUCCCCGAGCGACAGCCCUCCACCUCUGCCAGAGAAGAAAAGCAGAACGAUCCUCCAGUACAUGCAGUUUGUGGAGGAUUACUCAGAACCACAGCCAUCCGUCUUCUAUCAGACGCCUCAGAGCGAGAGAAUCUACGAGCAGCGCAGGAACAAACGAUUCCAAGAAGUUUAUGGGUCCAACGAGGGCUACGAGACUCCGCCCCCUCCGGCCCUGCCACCCAAACAGCGACAGCUGGCAUCUCACACUUCCUCUCCCUCCUCCUCUUCUUCCUCCUCUCUUUCACUCCUCCCUCCCUCCACUGGCGUUCCGGAGGAGGCGGAGUCUGCUAUCGGCCUCAGCCUGUCUGUGUCUAACUCCUUCCUUAGUGGCCACGCCUCUUUAACCACACCAACGAGUGAGAGUGCAAACGAUGAAGGUGUAGAAGGAGAAGGAGAGUAUGUGAACCUGUACUCUACCUCGCAAGCUAAUGGAGAAGGCACACACCACACAUGUUUGUCUCAUCUACAGGACCCGCUCACACCCUGUGAUGUAAUUCAUGACUCUACUGUUCACAUACCCCCACCCAAGGAAGGAUGCAAGGAAGCUUUUGCCAAGGAGAGGUUGAAAACAGCAGACUCGAGUCAUGUCAAAGAGGAGGUUGAUGAGCUUUCUCUGGUUGAUCACAAAGAGAUCAUGAGUCGCAUCACUCUUAAAGCUGAGGGGGACGAUGGCCCUGACGUCAGAGCCGGCUCGAGCGAUAUUCUUUUAGUUCAUGCUACAGAGACAGAUCGCAAAGAUCUGGUGUUAUACUGUGAAGCUUUUCUAACUACAUAUAGAACCUUCAUUACUCCUGAAGACCUCAUUAAAAAACUACAUUAUAGAUACACUCAUUUCUGCCAUAGUCCGGACACAUUUAAGAAGCGCGUCAGUAAGAACACAUUCUUCGUGCUGGUGCGGGUGGUGGACGAGCUCUGUGUGGUGGAGUUGACAGAGGACAUCCUCAGGCAGCUGAUGGAUCUUGUGUUCCGGCUGGUGUGUAACGGCGAACUGAGUCUAGCUCGAGUCCUUCGCAAAAACAUUCUGGAUAAAGUGGAACAAAAGAGGAUGCUGCAGCACACACACAUCCUCCAACCGCUAGCAGCACGAGGGGUGUCUGCCAGGCCAGGCACACUGCAUGACUUUCGCAGCCAUGAGAUCGCUGAUCAGCUCACCCUUCUGGAUGCGGAGCUCUUCUACAAGAUCGAGAUUCCAGAGGUUCUUUUGUGGGCGAAGGAGCAGAAUGAGGAAAAGAGUCCCAAUCUGACUCAGUUUACAGAGCACUUUAACAACAUGAGCUACUGGGUGCGCUCCAUAAUCAUCCAGCAGGAGAAAGCUCAGGACAGAGAGAAACUUCUGCUCAAAUUCAUCAAGAUCAUGAAGCACUUGAGGAAGCUGAACAACUUUAAUUCGUACUUGGCCAUCCUGUCAGCGUUGGACUCCGCUCCAAUCAGGAGGCUCGAGUGGCAGAAACAGACGUCUGAGGGAUUGGAGGAAUACUGCACCUUAAUCGAUAGUUCAUCCUCUUUCCGAGCUUACAGAGCAGCACUGGCUGAUGUGGAGCCUCCCUGCAUUCCUUACCUCGGGUUGAUUCUGCAGGACCUGACCUUCGUGCAUUUAGGAAAUCCAGACCUGAUAGAAGGGAAAGUGAACUUCUCCAAGCGCUGGCAGCAGUUCAACAUCCUGGACAGUAUGAGGCGCUUUCAACAAGUACACUACGAGCUGAGGAGGAACGACGACAUCGUGGCGUUCUUCAACGACUUCAGCGACCACCUGGCUGAGGAGGCAUUGUGGGAGCUUUCACUGAAGAUCAAACCACGCAACAUCACACGCCGCCGGACUGAGCGUGAUGAGAAAACCUAGAGGGACGUUUCAAAAGCGAGACAAGGCGCUUCUAUAAACUUUUCCAGAGAAUGAUGGGAAACCUGGAGUGAUGGAAAAAAAAACAUGUGCAAGACUUUAGUGGAGCAAAGGCAACACUUCCCAAGAGAUAAGUAAUAUACUAAUAUAUGCAUACAUAAACACUUACACACACUGGAAGACUUGUAUAUUUUAAUGUGUGUGUCUGUGUGUGUGUGUGUGUGUGUGUGUGUGAGAGAGAGAGAGAGAGAGAGAGAGAAAUACGGAGCUCUGGGAGCGCUCUGAAUCACUGUGUCUCCAUCAGUGAUGAACACUAGUAGUUCACACCACAGGGUUGGGGUUACCCAUAAUGCCCCACUGCUGGGACUCCUCUUCUGUACAAAGCAGGGUGGAAGGAAAAAGGGAAAAAUAAAAUCUUGUAAAGUCUGUGUGCACGCACGCGUGUGUGUAUGUGUCUGUCUCUUAUUGCCAUGUUUUUGGAGUUGUUAGUCCAGCUCCAUUACAAACACACUCAUGACUCAUGUUGCCAGCAAAACGACUUACAGUGACAUUUUAAGUGUUUUUUUUUUGUUUGUUUGUUUUUGUUAACUCAUCUUCCAUCCCCCAUCAUCUGUGUGUGAUAUAUUGUAUAUGAUAAUAAGCGUAUGGUAAUGUACAGAUGCGUAUUCUCAUAAAUAAAGAAGAUAUCUGUUUCUUUUUAUUUCAAAGUAAAUUUAUGCACUAAAAAAAACACACAAGGACUGAACAUGCUGUGAUCUCUGUACGUGUUUGUAUAUGAGUGUGUACUUGCAAGAAGGUUUGCAAGCGACUUUGUUAGGAGAAAAGAUGCGUGCGUGCGUGCACGGGCAGGCAUGUGUGAUCGUCUCACUUCUGUUUACCGACUCCUGGAAAUUACUUUUAUUAUGCUCACCACAUAUUGUGCUUUUCUCCCCGAAUAAAACUACUCUUUCUAUGUGUGUUUGUGCGUGUGUAUGUAUGAAUGUGUGUACACUAAAUCACAGCAGAUUUAAAGAGCGGACACCAAGACAAUGAUUUUUGUUUAGUUUUUUUGUUUGAGACAGAACAUAAAGUGUAUAUUACAGUAUCUAAAUUGUUUAUUUUAAAAUUAACUUAAUGUUAAAAAGUCAAAUUGCCUUAAAAUGUUUCAAGUAAUAAGAACAUGAAAUAAAACAUGACUGCACAUGCUGUAGAAAAAUUAAAAACUGAGUGGUGCAGCCCAA